AUGGAGCUCUCUGACAUUUUGCAACCGAUUAUCCUGGGCGCUUAUAUGAUCGUUUUUGGUCUUGCUAUUGCCUUGCUUGAGUUCCAGAUUCCCCCUCAGGUAUCUCGAUACGCCAACUUCCUCUUCUCCUUCAUGGGAAGAGGUAUCUUCUAUAUCCUUGUUGGUGGUCUUCUUCUUGGCCAGCACGUCCUCAGCAACAUUGCUGGUGGCACUGUGGGCAUUGUCGGUGUCGGCUAUAUUGCUCUCGAAUUCAUCCCCUCGAUCGAGCCGCCUAGCAACAUGCGCGAGGCCGAUGCAGGCUGGGGUGCCGAACAGGUCUAA